AAAGCCCUGAAAUUUGAAAUAGAAAACUUAAGUUACACAAUUUGUUUUGACAAGUGAUUUGUUUUGAUUACUUUGAUAUUAAUGUCGUUGUAAAACCAAAAAAUUACGAGUCUAAUGACUAAUGAGAAUUUCUACUUGUGGAUGAAAUAACACUUCACUACUGAAUCAAAUGAUAAAACUUACAUUUUAUGUGUUGUUCUGUGUAGUAAUGACAAAAAGUUUCACAAUGUUGACUACUCAUUUAAAGUGUCGCGGCGGCAUAUAUCCACGUUCUAAAAUAGAAAGAUUUCCAGUACCCGACGAUAAAGUGGAUUGGUCCAGCGAAUAUAAACAGUAUCAACCUCCAGACUAUACAGAAUCUUCUAUAAAUGGCAAACCGUGGGCAGAUCCUAACAUUGGCGGUUCAAAUUUUCAACCCAAAUGGAAUGAUGUAGAUGGAAAAGUGAGCAGGGUAAGCCAUAUGGGCCCUUACAGAAUUACAAAUGGGUAUCCUCAGAACCCUAUUGGACGCACUGGUAUUUGUGGAAGGGGUAUACUUGGAAGAUGGGGACCUAACCAUGCUGCAGAUCCUGUUGUAACACGUUGGAAAAGAUUAGAAUCGGGCAAAAUGGUUCUUGAUAGAGAUAAUAAACCAAUUCUCCAAUUUGUAGCAAUAAAACGUGGAGAUACAGGAGAAUGGGCUCUGCCUGGUGGUAUGGUUGACCCUGGUGAAAAAGUAACUGCAACUGCCAUCAGAGAGUUUCAAGAAGAAGCUACAAACUUUUUAGUUAUGUCUGAUGAGGAAAAGGAGGAAUGGGCACAGAAGUUUCAUGAAUUCUUUAAAGAAGGUGAAAUUGUAUACAAAGGUUAUGUUGAUGACCGACGUAAUACAGACAAUGCAUGGAUGGAAACUGUGGCAUAUAAUUUUCAUGAUGAUAAUGGAAGUAUUGUAGGUGCUCUAAAAUUACAUGCAGGAGAUGAUGCUGUGGGAGUACGAUGGGUGGAUGCCACACCUUAUAUUAGUCUGUAUGCCAGUCAUGACACUAUACUGAAGGAAGUACUAAAACAGAGAAUAGAUUCAUUAAGAUAGUUUAAAGUUAUUUUUAAAAAUAUAAAAGGUGAUAUAGUUAAAGAAACAAAAAGUUAUGAUUCUAAAAGAAAUGUUAUGAAAUAAAGU